AUGGGAAGACCAUAUGCACUUACAUCAGACCUUGAAAUACAAAUAUUAAACUAUAUCAUAAAGAUGCAAGAACUUGGCUUUGGUUUGACUGUGUUACAGGUAAGAAAAAUAGCUCACAAAAUAGCCACUGCAGCUGGACGUGGAUCUUAUUUCAAUGAAGAUAAUGAAUCUGCUAGCAAGUGGUGGUGGGUGAAUUUCAAAAAAAGGUAUAAUCUAACACUUAGAGUUCCUGAAAAUCUUGCUGCUUAUAGGGCAUUGAUGGCUAACAGUCAUAUGAUCAGUGAUUUUUAUUCGAAACUAGAUACAUUAAUGAUCCAAUUAGGUAUUAAAGAUAUGCCUGACCGUCUUUGGAAUUGUGGCAAAACUGGACUAUCUUAUGUGGUAAAGCCUAAUAAAGUAGUAACUGAUAUUGGUAAACAUUAUGUCUAUAAAAGAACUUAUGCUGAUCGUGGAGAAACGCAUACACUUUUAGGAUGUGUAUGUGCUAAUGGUGCAUGGAUUCCACCUUUAAUUAUAUUCAAAGGCGUUAAAUGGAACGAUAAUCUUAAAACCGAUUGUUUACCAAACUGUAUAGUAAAAUUAUCUCCAAAAGGAUGGAUAAAUAGUGAAUUUUUUAUUGAUUCUAUUCCAAGUGAACGACCUGUGAUAUUAUUUAUGAAUUCACAUGCAUCACACAUUAACAUGGAUGUUAUGACACUUGCAAAAGAAAAUGAAAUAUAUUUAUUUACAUUUCCAGCUCAUACUAGACAUUUAUUACAACCAAUAGAUGUAGGAGUAUACAAGCCACUUAAGUCAAACUGA